AUGACGUUCACUUUCAAUCAAAAUGUCUCGGCACAACAGCUGGCCGACCUCCUACCGAACGGCGUCGCUAUCCUCACCCACCAAUAUGAACUGGUCUCCGUGAACCGCCGGUUCCGAGAACUCAUACCAUGCCCCAGCGUCAACUUCUCCGAGGAUUGGUUACGCUCGGUCCAUCCGGACGACUAUGAGCGGGUGUCCAAUGGGUAUCGCGAGGUCGCAACCUCUAAACGGCCGCUACGUCUCGAAUAUCACACCCGUGACCCGGACUCGAUUUGGUGUGUGAUGACUUUAGAUCGGCUGGAUGAUAAAGAUGUGCAAUGCUUUGGGCUAGGAGACGAUGGGGUGUUCAUUUGUACAGUCGCAGAUAUCACCCCGGAGAAAAAGGCUGAGCUUCUUCAGAGGCAGGCAGCGGAGGAGGCACAGGAGCGCAAGAAGCAACAAGAGCGAUUUAUAGAUAUGAUCAGCCACGAAAUUCGCAAUCCUCUGUCUGCGAUAGUUCAUUGCACCGAGGAUAUUCAAGAGGCAAUCUACAACAAGAAGCCAGAGGAAAUCUCAGUCAUGAACAUCACCGAGGCAGCCGAGACAAUCAGUCUAUGCAUUAGGCAUCAAAAGAAAAUCGUCAACGACGUUCUCACCUUUUCGAAACUUGACGCGUCAAUGCUGCCGCUGUCGCCACGAAAGGUCCAGCCACAGCGACAUCUCACCAUUCCGAUGGCGAUCUUCCGACCCGAGCUCCGAAAGCACAGAAUACAUUUCGAAUACAAGGCCGAUGUUUCCUAUGCUGAAUGUGAAAUUGAUUGGGUCAUGGCGGAUUUGGAUCGAAUGGGUCAGGUCCUCGUCAACAUACUCUCGAAUGCCAUCAAAUUCACCGCCCAAUCAGAGAGUGAGCGAUCGAUCCGAGUCUCAGUGGGUGCUUCGAUCGAGCGUCCAACUUCAUACCCGCCAAAUAUUGUCUUUUUCGAUUCCGGUGAAUCAGCACUUCGCAGAGACACGACUAGCAAUUGUGAAUGGGGAAGUGGGGAAGUGGCGUAUAUCAUGGUCGCCGUCAAGGACUCCGGUAUUGGAGUCACCGAGGAGGCCCAAAAACGGCUUUUCCAGCGUUUCAACCAAGCAACCCCCAGAACCGAGAGCAUAUACGGUGGCUCUGGCCUUGGUCUCAACGUUUGUAGGAAGCUCUGCCACCUCCAUGGGGGUGAGAUUGGCGUGAGUUCCAAGAAAUCGCACGGAAGUACCUUUGGGUUCUUUUUCAAAGUACGCAGAACAACCAACGAUGGUGUCGAAGGAGAUGAGAGCUUCGGUGUUUCUGCAAUCGAUAAACUUUGCGUUGGUAUUCAGACACUGGAUGUCGGAAAACCCCCUGAAGAUAUCAUCUUUGAGGCACAGCCUGGUGGCCCGAAGGACAAAGACACACUACGUACCCACGAUAUAGCACGCCAGGUCGAGGACGAUCAGAUGGAACGGACGAGUCAGAAACUAACCGGUGACGGUCAGCGUAUUCUCUUGGUUGAGGAUAACGUCAUCAAUAGGCGACUUAUCUCGCGCAAGUUGAGUACACUGGGUUUUGACGUAUCGGAAGCUAGCAACGGGCAAGAGGCUGUAGAUGCAAACCGAAAUACUCCAUUCGACUGUAUUCUCAUGGAUCAACAGAUGCCUGUGAUGGAUGGAAAUUGUGCUACGAGGGAAAUUCGUGAUACCGAAAAGGAAACUGGAGGACAUGUACCUAUUCUGGGAGUCACAGCUAAUGUCAGGGACGAACAACAACAGGAAAUGAUCGGUGCUGGAAUGGAUGAUAUCAUCUAUAAGCCUUACGCGACUCAUGAGCUUGUUGAAAAGAUCAAUCGCAUGGUUUUGAAAAAAGGCUACCCAUGA